AGGAGGUAAAAGGAGGGUAGCCAGGCCCCCCUGAACCACCCCAACCCUCGUCCACAUCCCUCUUCCGUGGCUGCCAGCCGUGGCAGCUCGCCCCGUGGCAAUCCUGGCCCCGUGGGCACCCGCAAGCCUGCCUGCUUUUGCCUGGGUGGAGGUUGGUGCCGAUUGGGAAAUUGGCCAGUUGGCAGGCUGUGACUUUGUCCAAACUUUGUCCAGGUCAACGUUUUGACGGGGAGAAGAGGGAACUGCGUGUUUCGGAAGCGCCCGUGGUACCCCCUCUAGAGAGCGACCCGGUGGAAGGACCCAAUCCGUGCCAGGGAGAUGACAACUUCUUUUGCCAACUCUCAGGUCCCGCCGGAUAUUCCGCCUCGCUCCACCUCCAUCGACAUGGAUUCACCUCCCGAACCCAGCAUGGCCAAGGAGUACGAAGAUCUCCAAAGCCUGCCUGUGGCAGGCAAAAGGGGGCAGCACUUCGGGAGAGCAUUCCAGUCGACCGGGCGCCGGGUCUGCCCCACCAACCGCCUCGUCUCGGUCCUGGUGGGAUUCUGCCUCGUCCUGACCCUCUCGGUGGCUUUGCUUGGCGUCCAGAGGACUCGGUUCAGUGGAGAUCAAGGGGCGGCGGCGGAGGCUCUCAAGAGUCUGAACCUGACGGUGAAAGCGGGGCUCGGCAGCAUCCAACAGAAGAGGAACAGCACCAGAACGAAACUGGCCACGCUGGAGAAAACGAUGGACGACCAGGUUUCUAAGAUGGAGAAAGUCAAGAAACAAGUCGAAGACCAGCUGGAUACCUUAAAGCAGGACUCGAGAGCUUUCCGCUGUGAGAUAGUGGAGCUGAGAAGCAACGGGAGCAAAACUGGGUGCUGCCCGAAAGGCUGGAAGAAUUUCGAGGAGAGCUGCUACUGGAUGUCUCAGGACUCGGCUUCUUGGAACCAGGCCAAGCUUGACUGCGAGAAGAAAGAGGCUCACCUGGUGAUCAUCAACUCACCGAAAGAGAAAAGAUUCGUGAAUCAGCACCGGAGGUCCGGUGACCUGUGGAUCGGCCUGACGGAUGUCACGGGAGUCUGGAAGUGGGUGGACGGGACUUCGUACGUGCUCCAGCAAGAGGACUGGGCUGAAGGACAGCCAGACCACUGGUACGGCCACGGCCUGGGAGGCGGAGAGGACUGCGUCCAGGCCGUGUCCAACGGCCUCUGGAACGACAACCACUGCUCUCGCCGAUUCCGUUGGAUGUGCGAAAUGGAGCUGGGGCUCUAGAGGAAACGGAAAGGGCCCCCCCCCUCCAACCUGGUUCUGUCACUCAGACCUGGAGAGUUCCACACAAGUGAUUUCUUUUCCAGUUGUAUUUAUGCUUUCUUUUCUUUUCUUUUUAUGGAAAUCAUUUCAAAUACAAAAUUUAAAGAAGCCAAAUACAUCUCCAUAUAUAGAGAGAUAACUCUGAAUCUCACGACUCCCCUCCCCCCCUUUUAUAACUGCAUAUUAUUCCAUAACCUAUCUUUUAUAUCAAUCCAUAUUAUCCAUGGUAUUUGUUACAUUACAAGUGAAAUGAAAACCCUGCUAAUGUUUCCAUCUGCUUGCAGUGGUCUCCUAAAUAACUUAUGAAUUUCCCCCAUUCUUUUUAAAAGUCCUGGUCUUCUUGUUUCCUGAGUUUUCCAGUCACCUUUGUAGUCUAUCGGUACCUAUAAUUCGUGAUUAAAACAAAGCUUCUGGUUUUUUUUAAAAAAAUAAUCAUUGCAUUAUAUAUCAUCUCCCAGAAAGCUUCAAUUACCUUACACCAGGCAUAGGCAAACUCCGGCCCUCCAGAUGUUUUGGACUACAAUUCCCAUCAUCCCUGACCACUGGUCCUGUUAGCUAGGGAUGAUGGGAGUUGUAGUCCCAACACAUCUGGAGGGCCGGAAUUUGCCUAGGCCUGCCUUACAUGACCACCACAUGGGAUAAAAGGCACUUUCAUUUUCUUUACCUCUGUUGUAUUCAUGCUUUCGUGCCGCAACCAACUCCCCGCUUUAUCUCCUUUAAGUUCCUCCUUGAUGGUCACCUUGUCCGGGAAAAGCCUUUGAUUGAUCACCCUGCUAGUCCUCAUUGUAACAAAGCCAACAUUUCUCCGAUUGAAAUAAUCGCACAUUAAUAAUUGCCUGUUCUUCCUGUGCCUGCCUAUUGAUACCUCCCUUCCUCGCUUGUUCCCCUCUUGCAUGCCUUUUGGGGCAGGGGCCUGCCAUAUCUGUUCGAAUCAUAGAAUUGCAGAGUUGGAAGGGACCCCUGAGGGUCAUCUAGUCCAACCCCCUGCAAUGCAGGAAUCCUGUGUACAGCCAUCCCUGGGUAGGUUCAAACCACCAACCUUCUGGUUAAUCCAUUGUGGUCUCUUCCAACUCUAUGAUUCUAUGAUUCUAUGAAAAUGGUGGUUCUGCUGUCACAAAUCAUAUAAAGUCCCUGGAAGUUCUAGUUCUUGUCGAAAUCUCAAAUUACGUGUAAUUCCCCCCUGCCCCAUUUUAGCCCUGCCCCAGAAUGAGUUGUGUAAAAAAUGUUAUUUGUUUUCUUACUGAGUUGCAGUUACUGCCAAGAUAAUAUGCAAAACCGCUUCUUUGGACAACAUAUCUACCUUCCGCGUCGUCGAAAAUACCAAUUAAUUUUGUACCAUGAGCAAUUGCUUCUUUAGCAAGAUUUGCCGUUUAUGCCAGAAUUAAAUUAGAGCUGGUCGCCAUUGACCGCCUGCAUUUCCUUGUCCGCUAUUGGCUGAGGGGCUGGCGCAUGUCAUGGAAUGUUCGUGGGCAUUCCGACUGGGCAAGGAAUGCUUUCCUGUGCAUUCAGACCUGACUCUGCCUCAUUCCCUUUAAUUAAGACAUAAAACGGGAAAGAUAUCUUGUUGUGAAGACAGGAUUGGGAUAACUGAAAUGAGGCAGGUCUGAGACCCCAGGCUCAAAGGCAAAAAAUCUGCAAGAUAUGAACCUUUAAAAAACUGCUUUUUUAAAUUUUACAGCCAAGUUCUGUUUAAUUUUAUGCAAUGGAUAAAUGAAAAUAAAUAAACCUAUGGUUAUACAGGAAAUCAACUGUAUCUUUUACGAAAACAAAUAAAGCAUGGUGAGAUUAUU